AACUUUCGUGACCAUCCUUUUUUGGUGCCCACUGGCUAUUGCAUCAAUUGACAGCUACAAUGCCACCAAAUCCGUCAUUAUCUCGCCUCUUUAGGCCGUCGAUAUGUUCAUCAUGCCGACAGUCAAUGCGCAAAGGCCCGCAGGCCACUUUUUCGACUUCCGCCUACCGCUCCGCCGAGCAAGAUAGGCCAGAUCGGUUGACAACAGAUCAGAGCAACUCAUCAUCAGCUACCAACCCUGACGCUGAGAGCAAAGAACGCGCCUACAAAGAACUGAGAGCCCUAGCAGAGGGCAUCGAUGUGGAGCAUACGAACGUCGAUAGGCGAACAAGCUCAGCGAACAUGAUGGCCAACAUCGAACGAGCGCAGUUCGAUGUGCCUGCAUAUAGACCGGGACAGGAACCCGCUGUUAUGGCGCUUCUAGCGAAAGCAAGACGCGAGCCUCACCAUUUGCACGUUUACUCGCACAAACACAACACGCAUAUUGUCCUUACGCGUCCAAAUCGCGAACCCAUCCUUUCGUUCUCAACGGGCAACAUCGGCUUCCGGAAGGGCCAGCGAGGCUCUUUUGACGCAGCUUUCCAGCUCUCCGCGUAUGUCAUGAGGACCAUUGCAGACAAAGGCCUCCUGCGUUCUGCGAGAGACAGCCAGUUUGCCGAAGGCACCACCAGCACAAGAAGGAUAGAGGCUCCUAUCAAGGAAUUGGAGGUUGUGUUGAAAGGGUUUGGCAAAGGUCGUGAUGCUGUGAUUAAGGCGCUCUUAGGUACUGAGGGGAGGCUGCUGAGGGAGAGAAUUGUUAUGAUAAGUGACGAUACAAAGGUGAAGUUUGGAGGCCCAAGAGGUAUGAAUCCAAGAAGGUUGGGCUAAGCUGGUAGUAAAACCUGACAUAUAUUGUGCACGUCCACGCCAUAUCACGACAACUCGUUUUAUCUUACAUGUCAGAAGGCUGGCAUGUUUCUGCCUUCACACAUCGAGGGAUAUGGCUGUGGUGAAAGCUGUAGAUUUAGCGUUACGCCCUGGGCAUUGAAAUAUGUAUCUAGUGUAUCUGAUGUUUGAAAUACAACCUGGACUGCAUCCUCAAACAUGCGGACUGUAUCCAAUGCCUUGACCGAUAGAGAAUGUAUCUUCCGACAAACUGAACAAUCGUUUUGUUCUAAAGGAACGAGGUUCGAUGC